AUGAAAGUUGCAAGUAGUCAGGAGGAGAUGCAGUCGCAGAACUUUAACCACGUGACCAGCUGCCCGUACUUGCCCGGCACAUUGGGUCAGCACAUGAAGAAGAGCUCGCUGAGCGAGUCGUCGAGCGAGCUGGCCGAGCUGGAAGAGGGCCUCAUGGCGACGCGCGACCAGCUGGCCAGGAAGCAGAACUGCAACCCGCGCCACAACAACAACAUCAACGCCAUGAGCAUCGAGACUGAUGUCUGACUACGAGUGACGGAAGUGCUGCGCCAGGAACCGCUGCCUGCUACGAGCCAUUCUCGGAGCCUUGUGGGCAGGCGGCCGCCCCCAGCCGCCCUCUUCUGCAUCAGAAGCGCCGGCUACCGCCCUGGCCGCUCCGACCUGCCCACUGCGAUCGCGAGUGCUCGUGCGCAAUGCUCAUCCGUACACUUAACGAACUACUGUUACAUCAAAUUCCUAGGACCUUUACUCGGUACUUUUGUACAACAAUAUCGAUUGUUUUUGGGUGAGAUAUCCUGCCAAAGAUAUUACUUAAUUAAAAUAAUGAAUCCCUAGAGAUAAUAAAUAAUUUUUAAUGGUACGAUUGGGUGGGGCGGUCAUUGCAUUAGGGCGGUUCACUCGAU